AUGAAAUUUUUAAAUUUACUCUAUCCGAUUUUGAUCGUUCUGAUGACUUUCGGAAGCUUAUUAGCAAUGCCAGUAGCUAAAAUAUCGAAAGAUGACUGUAGAAACAAUAAAUCCAUCUGCAACCACACAAGCAUAAAAAUGAAACCAAUUGCUUUAUUUACAUUACUUAUUUUCAUCGUCUUCACAAUCGAUAGUUGUCACAGUCAAGGUGGAGGUGGCAUUGCUGCAAAUAUUGGAGCAUAUAUAACACUUUACAAAUUAAAAGAGAAGAAACGAAAGGAAGCAGAAAAGAAUAGAAGACCACAACAUUAUCCACAACAAAGCAAUUAUUACAAUUCGAGACCAGAAUACUACGGAGAAAGACCUAAUUACUAUGGAGGUAGACCUAUCGGUGGACCGUUAAUUUGUUUUGGAUUCUUUUGUAAUUAAUAAAUAAAAAGUUAAAAAAUAUUUUUUAAAGUUCAAAAAACAA